AAUGAGAAAACCUCCAUUUGAACAUUGUUUAGAUUGUCCAAUAAUUAUUAAAUUGAUGGAUGCAUGUCCUCUCUCUCCCUUUUGGCAUAUAUUCUAACAAGAAGGAUUAAUAGGUUUGACAGAUAUAUCUUUACUUUAUGAAUUAUUUAUGGUCAUUAUUUCAUUGGCACCUUGGAUUAUUGCAUUGAUAUUGGGAAUAUUAUUAUUGAAGAGAAGAGACAUGAGAUCAUUAAUCCGUGUUGGAACUCAUUUAUGUGCUCAUAUGUAAAUAACACAAUAUUUAUAAUAGAACAUGUGAUGUAGUAAAAGUUGUUUAUUUUAAAGAAGAUCGACCAGAUGGUUCGUGUUCUUUAAAGUAUGGAUUACCAUCUUGUCAUUCUAUAUUUGCAGGAUUAUAUACAAGUUGGGUGUUGAUUGAAAUAUUGAUUAUUGGAAUGAAAUUAAAAACAAGACAUAUUAUUGCAAUAAUAUCUAUGCUUAUAGUACCAUAUUCAAGAAUUUACUUAAUAUAUCAUACACUAAAAUAAUGUUUAUAUGGUUGGGGAAUUGGAUUACUAUUUGCUAUAUUGGGUUUGACAUUGAAUAAUUAAUGUAAGAAAAGAAUAAAGAAUAAAUAAAUAAAAGUAAAAUAAUGA